UAUUUGUCUAGUCGUCAUACACAUAGUUUUGACAUGUGAAAAGCCAGCAAGUGAAAAUUUUAUAAUAAGCUCUGAUCAGUAAUUCACACACACACACAUACACAUAUAUGCAAGCGCAUAGUAUUAUUAAUAUCAAAGAGACACAACAGCAAAAGCGGAUUUUGGGGUCCGUGCUAAAAGUCGCGAGCUGCAGAUUUAGCAGCAACAGCAGCGCCUCUAUUUUUGGACGCUCCACACAACGAUCGCAUUUGAGAUGGGGGAACGUUAUAGAAGGGGGCCGCAGCUGUUGCAGCCACGACGAAUGGGGCCACCGAUGAUUGCUAACACAGUCGUGGAAGUGAGGCCGCGGCGUUUGACAGUUGCCAAAUGCUGCAGCGAAUUGUGCAGAAGCUGGCGGUGUUCGGUUGGCCAUGUGGAGACGCUUAACAAUGGCAAUGGUCUCUUGCACUCGCCUCCGCACAAUCAUCAGCAGCAACAACAGCAACAGCAACGUGGGGUUGCAGUCACAUCUCCAGGUCCAGGUUCAAGCAGCGCCGCGGAUCACAAUAUACAAAUAACACAGCCGAUAAGUGCACCAUCUUCGCCGUUGGCUUCACCUGGAGCACUCAAUAGCAACAGCGGAAGCAGUCCCACCACAUUUUGUUUGCCAUCCAGUUCAGCGACAGCUGCGGCCAUUGCCUCAGCAGCGGCUGCAGCCAACGCAGCAAACGCAACGUCAACGCCCAGCAGUGGCAGCGGAUCGUAUGUCUGUGCAGCUGGCAGCAAUAGCAGCUAUGCCGCCGUAGGCGCCUCGAAUGCAAUUGACACGGCCGAUCCGAACUGGCAGGCCAGCAAGGCAACCGUGCUGGAGCGCAAUGCUGCAAUGUUUAACAAUGAACUACUGUCGGAUGUCAAGUUUAUCGUGGGCAGCGAGUUCGAUUUUGAUCCCAUUCAAACCAUACCCGCACACAAGUACAUACUCGCCACGGGCAGCUCUGUAUUCUAUGCCAUGUUUUACGGCGGAUUAGCGGAGAACAAGCAGGAAAUAAAGGUGCCCGAUGUAGAGCCCACAGCGUUCUUAACGCUGUUAAGGUAUCUCUAUUGUGAUGAAAUUAAACUGGAACCUGAACAUAUACUAGCGACAUUGUAUGCAGCCAAGAAGUAUAUUGUACCACAUUUGGCGCGAGCCUGCGUCAACUAUCUUGAAGUAAAGUUGACGGCAAAAAACGCAUGCCUACUUCUCAGUCAAUCGCGUCUUUUCGAGGAGCCCGAACUGAUGCAACGUUGCUGGGAAGUAAUAGAUGCCCAGGCCGAGAUGGCGGUUAAGUCCGAAGACUUUGUGGACAUUGACCUGAAAACUUUCGAAUCGAUAUUGUCACGCGAGACACUAAACUGUAAGGAGAUUCACCUAUUUGAAGCGGCGCUCAAUUGGGCCAUGAAUGCCUGUGAAAAGAUGAGCAUUGACGAAACGUCGCCAAAUAAGCGCCGAGUUCUAGGUCAGGCACUGCAUCUGAUACGCAUACCGACGAUGACACUGGAAGAAUUUGCAAAUGGCGUUGCCCAAACGGGCAUACUCACAUCUCAGGAGACAAUUGAUAUGUUCUUGCAUUUUACUGCAAAAGUCAAGCCAACACUCAGCUUUCCCACGCGACCGCGUGCAGGCCUCAAAACUCAAGUUUGCCAUCGCUUUCAAUCGUGCGCCUAUCGAUCCAACCAGUGGCGUUAUCGGGGCCGCUGUGAUUCCAUACAGUUCUCAGUAGAUCGCAGGAUAUUCAUUGUGGGCUUUGGCCUUUAUGGCUCCUCGACGGGUGCAGCUAACUACAAUGUAAAGAUUGAGCUGAAGCGGUUGGGCCGCACGCUAGCGGAGAACGACACAAAAUUCUUUUCAGAUGGCUCAAGUAACACUUUCCACGUAUUCUUCGAGAAUCCCAUACAGAUAGAGCCAGAGUGUCAUUACACCGCCUCAGUAAUACUGGAUGGCAACGAGCUAAGCUUUUUUGGGCAGGAGGGCAUGUCGGAGGUGCUCAUGGGCAAUGUUACAUUCCAAUUUCAAUGUUCGUCAGAGAGCACCAACGGCACAGGCGUACAAGGAGGCCAGAUACCCGAACUAAUCUUUUACGGACCCACAGUAGUCACAGCUCUAAACUCGCCUACAAGCUCAGUUUGCGCCACGCCCAUAGGAGCAACGUCGGCUAUUACAAAUGGCAGCAACGGAACAACCAAUGGAAACAACAAUGUUAACAAUGCUGCUGAUGAGCUGCCAGUUGGUAGCAGUACCGCCAGCAGCGAUGGCAGCAACACCUGAUGCGCACAGCUAUACUGCGCGGAAUGGCAGGGUGCCUGUUAUUAUCGCCAGCAGCCACAGCAGAUGCUGCAGCAGCAUCAACAACCGAAGAGACCAACACAGAUUCAACAGCAACAAACACAAAAUCGAAACUCAUGGGUUUUCAGUGCAACACAACAAAGCAAAUUGGAGUUUUAAGGAAUUCGAUAUUAGCAUCAUAUAUAUAGAUAUAUAUAUAUAUAUAUAUACAUAUAUGUAGUUAUUAUAUACACACUUAUAAAAACACAAUACAGUAGAGUGCUCUAGUUAUCGUAGUACAUACAUACAUAUACACCCAUAUAUACAAACAAAACAAAGCGAAAACAAACCUACAAACACACAUAUAUAAAGUCUGUUGGUAAAUGCAUACAAAAACUAUUUUAAAUUUCGAUAACGUAAACCCGCAAAAGUUGAGCAUAUACACCCAAACCUAUAACUAAAAUACUAUAUACGUUCCAAGAAACAUUGCGAAGCAAGCAGAUAAGGUAAUCGAAGGCAUCUUCAAUAAGCAAGUAAACAACGGGCAAUCAGUCAAGCUAAUGAUAACUAAAUAUAUUCUAAAGAAACAACUGAAUGCAGAAUAAAAUAAUAUAUAUAUAUUUAUAUAUAUAUAUAUUAUAUAUCAAGAAUAUUUUUUGCCAGCAUAUACUAAACAUAUAUAUACACUAUAUACACUUGAAAGAGUAUAUUACGCCAUGUUAAAAUAUGCGUACGAAUUUGAAAGCCAAGUUAAACAUACAUUGACUUGCACACUUAAUUAGCAUUAGAAAUCGCCAAACGAAAGCACACACAGACA